AUGGCAGUGGUGGCUCAGUUUUGGGUUUCUGGGCUGCUUGGUCAGUCCCAGGAAUAGCUGGGGUGGUCCAUGUAGAGUGAAGAGAGCUCAAAUCAAAUCUGGGAGGCCCUCAUCUAUUAUGUAACACUCCCCAGCGUGGGAAUGAGCAUACUGGAUGUCUUCCUAAAGCUACAUCAUGGAGAGUAUCAGAGACCCAAGUUCUGGGGUAGGAUGGCCUACCCUCAUCUCCACAUCAGGUCCAAGCCCUUUUCCUGGGGAGAUGGUAAUCAUACUCUAUUCCAUAAUUCUCACAUGAAUCCAUUUCUGACCAGCUAUGAAAAUGAACAAAGAGAAUUGGGACCACAACCCAGUGGGGACCACGUUACUGGUUUGGACCCAUGA